AUGUCCUUCAAUUCUGGAUCCUCGAACCCUCGCCGCCGAGAGUAUCAAUCGCUCGAUCCCCCCGUCUCUGAAGAUGAAUGGUCCUCGACCGAGCUGAAGAAGAUACCCGGCAUGCCCCGAAUGAAGUCUCGCGACGCAAUGAAGGAUUCUUCUCUCGACGAUCUCCUAUCCAGUGGAGACGAAUCCGACUCCCACGACGGCGCAAAUGUGAAACUCCUUCCUCUCGACAAGAAUGCUCAAAGAAAGAAGAAAGGAAAACAGGUGCAAUUCACCCCGGAUACGAGUUCUGCGAGCCCCGACGCCAUUGACGGGCCGGGUGAGCCGCGCGAUGUCAGCAAGGCCAUUGAGAAUAUGCUGAGCAGAGAGCGUGACAUACUCUCAGAGACGUUCGACGAGGAUCUAGAUCAUGCUUCAAAGUACGUGUUUGAUGAUGAAGAUAGUGACGAGUACGGGAUUCCGACACACAAGAAUCAGGGGGGCACGGGCUACGGUGAUGGACGACGCAGAAGCUGGGCGUCGGGAAUCAAGUCGUUGCUCCAUAUCACAGCCUGGUGGCACGUCUUUCCAUUGAUCGCUGUCGGUCUACUUGUGAUGUGGCUGGCAACUAAGGGCUUACCGUGGGUUCUGGGUGGGAAAAAGCAGAAGGAAUAUUCAUCUAUUCCGUGGUAUCCGACUCCUCUCGGCGGGACAAACGGUGCAUGGAAAGAAAGCUAUAGCAAGGCACACGAUCUUGUCGAACGGAUGGAGCUUGUGGAGAAGGUCAACAUUACAACUGGGACGGGAUGGAGAAUGGGCCUCUGUGUUGGCAACACUGGGCCCGCGAUGAAUGUCAAAUUCCCCUCACUUUGUCUCCAAGAUGGCCCACUAGGGCUACGUUUUGCGGACAACAUCACUGCAUUUCCGGCCGGUAUCACGACGGGUGCCACGUGGAAUCGUGAGCUGAUGCAGCAACGAGGUUUUGCGCUUGGCCAGGAGGCGCGGGCUAAAGGCGUCAACAUUCUCCUCGGCCCAUCCAUGGGUCCCUUGGGUAUGAUGCCUGCUGGUGGUCGAAACUGGGAAGGCUUUGGAUCCGAUCCUGUUCUGCAAGGUGUUGCUGCGGCUGAAACCAUUCGGGGCAUUCAGCGCAAUGGUGUCAUGGCGACUGCGAAGCAUUGGUUGAUGAACGAGCAAGAGCAUUUCCGCCAAGUCGGAGAGUGGGACAGCGAAAAUGCAAUUUCAUCCAAUGUGGAUGAUCGGACACUCCAUGAAGUUUUUGCAUGGCCGUUCGCAGAGAGUGUGCGUGCUGAUGUGGCGAGUGUCAUGUGCUCGUACCAAAAGGUCAAUAACAGUUUCGCCUGUGAAAACAGCAAGCUCUUGAACGGCAUUUUGAAGGAUGAGCUUGGCUUCCAAGGGUUUGUGCAGUCAGAUUGGCUUGCUCAGCGAUCCGGUGUGCAAAGUGCGCUGAGUGGUCUCGACAUGAGCAUGCCCGGUGAUGGCGCAAAGUGGGAAGAUGGUGAUUCUUUCUGGGGUCAGCGCUUGACCCAAGCUGCUCUCAACACCUCAGUGCCCAUGGAGCGUCUCAACGACAUGGUCACGCGUGUUGUUGCAGCCUGGUAUCACUUUCGGCAGGAUUCGUGGGACCAACCUCCUCCCCUUGGAAAGGGCGGGCCCAACUUUUCGUCGUGGACUUACGAGAAGAUGGGAAGCCUCCAUCCCGGCAGCAAAGACGAUCAAUCCAACGAGGUGGUCAAUCACUAUGUGAAUGCGCAAGAGACUGGUUCCAAGGAAUUGUCUCAUUCCCUUCUAGCUCGGAAGGUAGCUGCCGAAGGAAUUGUUCUUCUUAAGAAUGUGAACAAUACUCUCCCGCUUUCGCGGACAGCCAGCGGCCCGACAGAGCGCUAUCGUGUGGGAAUUUACGGCGAGGAUGCCGGUCCCGGCGAGGGUCCGAAUGUUUGUGGUGAUCGCGGCUGCAAUCAAGGAACAUUAGGAUCUGGUUGGGGCAGCGGUGCUGUCGACUUCCCAUACCUCGUCACUCCGUGGGAUGCGCUUCGCGCUGCAUGGCCUUCAGAAAAGAGUGAUGUCCGAGGAUUCUUCGGCAGGGAUGUUGCCAUGAAGAACUUGGUCGACCAAGACCUCUGCCUUGUCUUUGCCAAUUCUGAUGGGGGAGAAGGCUUCAUCCACGAUGGCGAUGUCUUUGGCGAUCGCAAUAACCUCGAUCUUCAGCACGGAGGGGCCAAGCUGAUUGAGCGGGUCGCUACUAACUGUGGGGGUGGACAAGGCAAGACGGUUGUCGUGAUUCACUCUGUGGGCCCCGUGGUGAUGGAAUCUUGGAUCGAUCUACCAGGCGUCCACGCAGUCCUCUACGCCAAUCUACCUGGACAGGAGAGUGGAAACGCUCUUGUCGACGUUCUCUUCGGCGACGUCGACGCCAGCGGCCGUCUUCCUUACACCAUCGGUCGGUCUCUGGACGACUACGGCCCCGGAGCCAAAGUGAUGUACUCGACAAGAGACAGACAACCAGAAAUGAUGUUUGAUCAGGGACUCUACAUUGAUUAUCGAUAUUUCGACAAGAAGCAGAUCGCCCCUCGGUUCGAGUUUGGGUUUGGACUGUCCUACACUACCUUCAACAUCUCCUCCCUCACCAUCAAACCCCUUCGCGAGAAAUCUCGUCUUCCCGCCGCGCGGCCCAAGAACGAGAUUGACCCGCCCAAGUACGACAACAAGCCCCCGGCAGAGACCUCGACGAGAUUUCCGCCCGGUUUCAAUGCCCUUGCAAAAUACAUUUAUCCCUACACGCGGGACAGCUCCGCAACCAAGCCUGGUUCUUAUCCGUAUCCGGACGGUUACAAAACGCACCAGCAUCUUUCCGAGGCAGGUGGCGGGCCAGGGGGCAACCCGUCACUUUACGAUGAGAUGGUGUCCCUCUCGGUCAACGUGAGCAAUACUGGCCCACGGUCGGGCAAGGAAGUUGUCCAAGUCUAUCUCUCCUUCCCCGAACACGUUGCAGAACACCGCGGAUUGGGCCAGAGCCGUGAGAAUAUCGAGUUCCCCGAUCGGGUGCUGCGCAAUUUCACCAAGGUCUCGCUGGAGCCGGGCGAGCAUACUACCGUACAGAUGACCCUAUCCCGGAAAGAUUUGAGUUACUGGAGUGUACGGGCGCAGAAUUGGGUGAUGCCGACCGAGGGUACUUUCCGUAUCUGGGCCGGUCGAAGCUCUCGCGAUCUACCUCUCAUUGCGGAGUUUUGA